AUGGAUCGAAUCGUCUGUGGGGUCUGGGACAUCCGUCUGCAACAGCGUCUCCUCGCCAGGUCAGACCUCACACUGCAGAAAGCCAUUGAGGAGGCCGUGGCCUCGGAAGCUGCUGAACGCUCCGCCCAGGAGAUCCGCAAGGCCAGCAGCCCACAUCUUACUAGGAAGCCAGUUCCAGUGCAUCACAAAGAGGCCAGCAGUGAUGAGGCAUCCUCCAGUGAAGACAAUGACGUGCACCAGACAAAGCGGGAGUGCAGGAAGUUCCAACAGAAGUCCAAGGGCCAAGCAGAAUGUGCCGGCUGUGAAGGCAACCAUUCCCGUACCAAGUGUCGAUUCAGAGACGCCAUCUGUCGGAAGUGUUCCAGAAGGAGCCACAUCGCUAAGGUCUGCUGA